UACUUCAACGCUUGUUGGUGGCCAAGAGUCGAAGCGCAGAAAAAAAACUUUAACCGCAGCGCGCUUUGAAUCAGUACGAAACGAAUAACGCCAGAGAGUAAAAGAUCACGAGAACGAAACAGGCAAACAAACGCCAAACCAGAACAAGUGAACAAGCAAAUAAAAAUAUAUAUUCACAUAUCUAUUUAAAUAGAAAUUAAUAAUCAAAACAAAUUAACAAAUUCGAUACCAAAGACCAGCAAUAACUCGGAGAUUAACAAAAAAAUAAAAAACAAAAUAUUUCGGAAUUCAAAAAACCUUAACUCGCCUUCAAAACCUAUUUGUCUAAUGGAAAAAUCCUCUUACGCUGCUGGCCUAAAUAACGGACCUCGUCGUGCUCCCGAAGGAGCUGGUACCAGUACCCAGAGUGGUGUAACCGUAUAUGAACCCUCGACGGGUAUGAAUCAUCCUCCACCACCAUCGUAUGAUCAGGCUACCGGUGCUGCACCGGCUCCAGCACCAGCUGCCACAACCGUUACCCAUAAUGUUUCGUACAAUACAACAACAUCCACACAGUGGGGUCAAGCGCCUGGACCCAUUACGGCCAGUACCCAAUAUGUGACCUAUACCACACCGGCAUCAUCCUCCACCACCACCUAUCAUUAUGCACCGGUACAGCCACCACCACCGCCGCCACCAACCCAUCAGCCCCAUGUCCAUCAACAACAACCGGGUCAAGCCUCUGUUGUGAUAAUACAACAACCCAUGCUGCCACUGGGUCCCGAACCCGUCUACAUCACCUGUCCGGCUUGCCACGUUCAGAAAUUGACACGCAUUGAAUAUGAGCCAAGUUCAAGAACACAUUUAAUGGCUGCACUGCUAUGUUUGUUCGGACUCUGGUGUUGUGUCUGUCUGCCGUACUGUGCCGGCAGUUGUAUGAAUGCCCAACAUUAUUGCGGAAAUUGUGGCAAAUUCCUGGGUACCUAUGGUAACGCCUUGUAGCUGAGUUCCUCGUUUAUGGUGAGGAAAUUUUGUUGCCGUUUACGACAGGGCUGUGCAGUUUUCAAAAUCUUAUACCAUUUACAACUUAUCUACAUGUAUAUAUGUAUAAAUAUACAUACCUACACAUAUUUUAUACAUUUGAUCAUGGUUACGAGGACCUCAAAAGAAGCCAAUUUAUUUUUAAUUUAUUGUAACAGAAAAUAAAAUAUUAAUAACCCCUUCAGACUUUUCAAAACCGGGUCUGAGUGUACCUUA